AUGAGGCAUUUUUCAACUUCUAGUCGAGUAUUGAGAAUAAGCAGAAAAGAAUUGAUGGACAAAGCAAAAUUACUUAAAGAGUUUCGUCAAUUUCUUGGUCCUAGGAGUAUAACUGGUGAUUACCAUAAAAACAAAUAUUACUAUCCACCACAGAACAACAAGCCAAACUAUAUUGUCAACGAUGGGAGAUCAGUGGUUGGAGAAAGUCCCAAGUUGGGAUACUCAAGAAUGAGAAAUGUUGAAGAACCGGGAAGGAAUCCUCAAUUGCAUCCAUUCCCUCAUAAUAUUUUCACGAAAACUGCAUAUAUAAUACCAGAACAUCUAAAACUGCAAAUUGUCGAAGAUGAACAAGUUAAUGGAUUACACCCGCAAGAGAUUGCUCAUAAAUAUGGAAUAAAUUUACAAAGAGUUGAAGCUAUUUUAAAGCUCAGCGCAAUAGAAAAGAAUUUUGAACCAAAGAUUGCCGAAGAUUUGAAAUCAUAUGCAACAAUUAUGAAACGUAUGUUUCCUUUAUUCAAAGGUGGCUACACUGCCGAUAAUUUGACAGAAAUUCCAACGCCUCACAAGACAUUAACCGAUAGGUUCUUGACUAUUGAAGAGAAUGAGCCAUUUGGACCAGUUGACGCAGCCAAGAUAUUACAUCUUGAACCAGCUUCCAAGACUUUGCAGAAGUUAACUGAAUUCAAUUUGGAAGAAGCACAAAAGCAACAACAGGCUAUUGAAGACAAAAAGAUUGACAUUGUUUAUGGUAAAAAGAGGAAAGACGAGAACAAGCUUUUCCGAUUUACUAUGAAGAAUGUUGGAGAAUUUGGUCAUCGUUAUGGUGCAUCUAGAAGAGAUAGAAAGUUGGACAGGGCUAUUGGAUUUGAUGCCGCAGGAAAGAUGAUCUACUUACAUCCAGAUCAGUAA